AUGAACAUUUUCAAAUUUACACAUCAAAUCUCAAUAAGAACAAGAGACAUUUCAAGACGUAUACAGAGAGCAAUAAAUGAACUUUCUGAAAAUAUACAAAGAGAAAUACAACAAAAUAGACAUCAAAGAUCUCCACAACAAUCACAACAUCAACCUUCAUAUGUACCUGUACCUGUUCCUGUAAACCAAAGGAAAGGUUCUAAUCCAUUUAUACGUCAAUUCUCCACAUCAGCAAGAAGAAACUUUACAUAUUCACAGACUUGGAAUUAUAAAUUUCAACCAAAAUUUAAACAAAAAUUUUAUAAAACUACCAUAAAAAAUUUAAAAUUUUAUAAAAAAUCUAAAAUUUUAAGUUUAUUAAAUCAUGGAAUUAUUUAUCAUAAUUUUUCACAAAUUUAUCAAAGUAAAUUUCUGUUAAAAAUUUAUCAACAAAAUGUAAAACAAACUUACAAGAUAUUAUUUAAUAAUUUAAGAGAAAAAUAUCAAUUAUAUAAAAAAGAUAAUACUUUUUUAAAUAAUACUCCUUCAAAUAUUAAUUCAAAAUUAUUAUUAAAUUUAUCAUUAAAUUCUAAAAAUCAUCAAAUAAUCACAUCAUUAGCUAAAAUCGAAUCAUCAGCAACAAAUCAUGAAUUAGUAAAUAACAACAAUAUAAACACUAGUUGUUUUAUAGAUUUUCCAAUAAGUUUUAAUUUUAAUAUUCCAAAUGAAACAAUUUUAUCAGAAGAAAUUUUUGAUGAAAUGAUGUUUAAUAUUAAAAAUUUUGAAGCUAAAUUGAAAAAUUUUAAAUCAGAUUUAGUUAAUUUAUUUGAUUUAGGUGAAUUACCUUUGAAAUACAUUCAAUCUUUAAAUGUUAUUAGAAUUCAUUUCCCAAAUUGUGAUAAAGAAAGAUUGGAAAGAUUAUGUAUGGAGAAAGGUAUAAGUGGUGGUAUUAUAAUCGAAGAGGAAGAUUCACUCAAUGUCGUGAAAGCUACACAAGAACCUAUCUCCAAUUUAGAAGAUGUUGAUAUUUUAAGUUCUUUUAAUGAAGAAUAUUCUUGUACAAGUGAUGCUGAUAUAUUGAGUACAAAUUCAUCUGAUGAAUUACGUGAUCAUUUAAAUGAAGUAGUAAGACCUAUAAAUGAGUUUAUGCCAGUGCAACAAAUGAUAAGUAUAAAUGAUGGUGAUGAUUAUCAUUGGGUUUCAUCUAGUUAA